UUGUGUGUUUCCAGUAAGUUUGCAGGUCGAACAGUGGUCAUCACUGGUGCAUCGCGUGGCAUCGGCAAGGAAAUUGCACUCAAGCUUGCCAAAGAUGGCGCGAAUAUUGUUGUGGCCGCGAAAACCAUUGAGCCUCAUCCGAAAUUGCCUGGCACCAUUCAUAGUGCUGUUGAAGAGAUCGAAAAGGUCGGAGGCAAAGGAUUAGCAUGCGCUGUGGAUGUUCGUAACGAGCAGUCGGUUUCGAAGGCGGUCACGGAAGCAGUCAGCAAAUUUGGUGGAAUUGAUAUUCUGGUGAAUAAUGCCAGUGCAAUAUCGCUUACGGGAACGCUGGAAACAACAAUGAAAAAAUUCGAUCUCAUGCAUCAGAUCAAUUUGCGCGGAACAUUUCUGAUGUCGCAGAAAUGUAUUCCUUACCUGAAAAAAGGCAAAAAUCCGCAUAUAUUGAACAUUAGCCCACCAUUAAACAUGAACAAGCGCUGGUUUGCGAAUCAUGUUGCUUAUACGAUGGCAAAGUAUGGCAUGUCGAUGUGUGCACUUGGAAUGCAUGAAGAACUGCGCCCAUUUAAAAUAGCCGUUAACGCGUUGUGGCCAAGAACAGCCAUCUGGACUGCUGCCAUGGAUAUGAUUUCAGGAGGAACUGCACAAAAUGAAUGCCGCAAACCAGAAAUCAUGGCCGACGCCGCUUAUGCUUUGCUUUCUCGUGACAGUGGCACCUACAGUGGAAAUUUUGCUAUUGACGAUGAUAUUUUGCGAGAAGAAGGAAUCCAGGAUUUUGAACAGUAUACCGUGAAACCAGGAGAGAAACUAAUGACGGAUUUCUUUCUUGAUGAAGAAGAUGCAAAAAGGCAUGAUGAAUCAGCAAAAACGAUUCCCAUGCAAUCGCUGGAUGUGCUGAUCCAGGAAGCCAGUCAACGAAUCACUCCGGAAUUUGUUAAAAAACUUCAAGCCAUUUAUCAGCUUAAUGUCAGUUCAGGGUCGGACAGCCGGACAGUAUAUUUUGAUCUGAAAAAUGGAGCAGGCGGAGUGUACAGUACACUAAAUGCUACUGAGCAUGUCGAUGUAUGUUUUGAAACAGAUCCAGCCACGCUCUACAACCUAUUCACUGGCAAAAUAUCUUCAACAGUGGCAUUCGCAUCCGGAAAAUUCAAGAUUUCUGGAAGCAUGGAGAAGGCAAUGCUCUUCUCGCACGUCUUGAAACGAUCAAGCAGAAGUAAACUGUAGGA